UGUCAACUUUCCCCGAGGUCCGAGUUGGUAGCUACCCAGCGUGUGGCGGCGGUUACUGCCGCGGCGGAGAAAUGAAGCAGAAGCGGAAAGGAGAUCUCAGCCCUGCUGAGCUGAUGAUGCUGACUAUAGGAGACGUUAUUAAACAACUAAUUGAAGCCCACGAACAGGGGAAAGACAUCGAUCUGAAUAAGGUGAAAACCAGGACAGCUGCCAAAUAUGGCCUUUCAGCACAGCCCCGCCUGGUGGAUAUCAUCGCUGCUGUCCCACCUCAGUAUCGAAAGGUCUUAGUCCCCAAAUUAAAGGCAAAACCCAUCAGAACUGCCAGUGGGAUUGCUGUUGUGGCUGUGAUGUGCAAACCCCACAGAUGUCCACACAUCAGUUUUACAGGAAAUAUAUGUGUAUACUGCCCAGGUGGACCAGAUUCAGAUUUUGAAUAUUCAACCCAGUCUUAUACUGGAUAUGAGCCAACCUCCAUGCGAGCUAUCCGCGCUAGAUAUGACCCUUAUCUACAGACAAGACACCGAAUAGAACAGUUAAAACAACUUGGUCACAGUGUGGAUAAAGUGGAGUUUAUUGUGAUGGGUGGAACAUUUAUGGCCCUUCCAGAAGAAUACAGAGAUUAUUUUAUUCGAAAUUUACAUGAUGCCUUAUCAGGACAUACCUCCAACAAUAUUUACGAGGCAGUCAAGUAUUCUGAAAGAAGCCUCACAAAGUGUAUUGGAAUUACAAUUGAGACCAGACCAGAUUAUUGCAUGAAGCGGCAUUUAAGUGACAUGUUGACCUAUGGCUGCACAAGGCUGGAGAUUGGGGUACAGAGUGUCUACGAAGAUGUGGCCAGAGAUACCAACAGGGGCCACACUGUGAAGGCAGUGUGUGAGUCAUUUCACCUGGCCAAGGAUUCUGGUUUCAAAGUUGUGGCUCAUAUGAUGCCUGAUCUGCCAAAUGUGGGACUAGAGAGAGACAUCGAACAGUUUAUAGAAUUUUUUGAGAACCCUGCUUUUCGUCCUGAUGGUUUGAAACUCUACCCUACCCUGGUGAUUCGUGGAACUGGGCUUUAUGAGCUCUGGAAAUCAGGAAGAUAUAAGAGUUAUUCUCCUAGCGACCUGAUUGAAUUGGUGGCUCGGAUCCUUGCCCUCGUGCCUCCAUGGACUCGAGUGUACCGAGUGCAGAGAGAUAUUCCAAUGCCCUUAGUCAGUUCAGGGGUAGAGCAUGGUAAUUUGAGAGAGCUGGCAUUUGCAAGAAUGAAAGACCUUGGAAUACAGUGUCGAGAUGUAAGAACCAGAGAGGUUGGAAUCCAAGAAAUUCAUCACAAAGUACGGCCAUACCAGGUUGAAUUGGUGAGGAGAGAUUAUGUUGCAAAUGGUGGCUGGGAAACAUUCUUAUCAUAUGAAGACCCAGAUCAAGACAUAUUAAUUGGCCUCCUGCGAUUACGAAAGUGUUCAGAAGAAACGUUCCGUUUUGAAUUGGUUGGAGGUGUUUCCAUAGUUCGAGAGCUGCAUGUGUAUGGAAGUGUCGUCCCUGUGAGCAGUCGAGAUCCUACUAAAUUUCAGCAUCAGGGAUUUGGCAUGCUGCUGAUGGAGGAGGCAGAAAGAAUAGCUAGAGAAGAACAUGGAUCUGGGAAAAUAGCUGUUAUAUCAGGGGUCGGCACCAGGAAUUAUUACAGAAAGAUUGGCUACAGAUUACAAGGUCCGUACAUGGUAAAGACACUAAAGUAAGAGCCGCACCAGGUCACCUUGAUGCAGUCUCCUCCCAGCAGAAAAUAAAAAUUCAAGAUAUUUUGAAUACUCAGCAGAGAGGCUGAGCUAAACAAAUGGACCCAGCCUGUCUCCCUGGCAAGGAGCUUCUCCCUCAUCCUACAGCUGCGGAGACUGGAAUCUGCUCGCAGGGCCAGGCUGGGUGUCUGCUGACCAAGCCCACCGAGCUUCUGGUGCUCAGAGCUCCUGCUCGCCCUCCUCUGCAUCUUCUCAAGUCACAUAUCCAGUUCCUAAAGUCUGCAUGAAGCCUGCAGUUGACCUACCUUGACUCAUGCACAGUGACGAAAGCAAAGUAACUCAUUUGGACACCAGCAUUCGUGAAAUAAAACUAGCUAUUGUCAUUCAAGAAAUAAAAUUAGGAGUAGGUUAUUUAUGUCCUGUAGGGACAAAAGGAUUGGAACAUGGGAAAACUGUUUGACUUUGAUCUCUGUCCUUUUAUUUGAUAUAAAUUCCGGCACAAGAAAAUGAGCUUUUGUUUUAAUGGAAAUCACUCUGAUUCCUGUGCUGAUGUUUGAAAGAACAGUGUGAUGGGGAGAGAGGAACUGAAGUUGUCAGUUGGUGUUUCCAGCCUGAAACCAGCCUUCCUCACUUGGGAGUCUGCCAUCUGCAAUGGGCCAUUAUAGACAACCUUUAUUUCAAAAUUUGUCUUGUCUGUACUCUCUUGACCCCUACAAAGCAGCGAGGGCACCACUUCUCCCCAGAAGUGUUUGGCUUCCCCUGUUGUCUGUCCUGAGCAGGGAGAGUCUGAGCCGCCCUGCCUGGGCAGGAGUGGCCCUGAGUCCAGAUGCGCUUCCACAGAAGCCAUUUCCUGCACCAUAAUUCUUUAAGAUGGGUUUCGGUUUGCUUUAACAGAAGAAAGGUAAGAGUUAAAUGCCCUUGAAAGCAAAAAAGUGGGAAAUAAGCCCAAAUCUAAAAAUAGGGAAAAAACUGGUUUUUUCAAAGGUUCAUAUUCUAGAACUGCCUCUUUGUAACUUCCAGGUGAUCUUCGAGGGAGACUGCCUGGAGAUGGCCAGUUCUUCAGAGCAUGGCUUACCCCUCUGCCCCCUGGCUUCUGUGGCAUUUUACAAAGGUUUAGUAAAUGGAAUUGAUUCCCCUGAAAGGUUCAAAAAAUAAAAUCUUCAGCCUACAGAGAGGAA